AUGCGGGCGAGCGCCUGCCUGUCCUACGCGCAGCGCGGCCCGCUGUUCUCGCGGCUGCAGCCUGCUGCGCCCACUGGCCGCGCGGUCGGCAUCGGCAUCUCGGCGCCUCAGGGCUGCGGCAAGACGACGCUGGUAGACACGCUCGUCGGCCGCUUUGCCGCCGACGGCCUGGCGUGGCACGUGCAGCGCGAUCCGGUGGACGUACUCCUCUUUGAGGGGUGGAUGGCGGGGUUUGCUCCUGCCGGCGACGCCGCGCGGCUCGCGGGCCUCGACCCCGACCUGGCGCUGGUCGACUCCUUCCUCCGCGGGUACGCAGAGUGGCACGACAAGAUGGACGCGUGGGCGGUCAUCGGCAUCGACGACUUGUCGCACGUAUGCGCGUGGCGCACGCAGGCGGAGCAGGCGAUGGCCGCCGCCGGCCGGCCAGGCACGCCCGAGGGCAUGGACGACGCCGCCGUCGCCGACUUCGUCUCGCGCUACCUGCCCGCGUACCGCGCCUACCUCCCCGCGCUCUACACCGCCGCGCAGGCGGGCGGCGUCGGCGGCAAGCCCACGCUGCUGGCGCGCGUCGACGGCAGCCGGCGCGUGGUGCCCACCGCGGAGCUCGGCGCACCGAGCGGGUGA